GCGUGUGUGUGUGGAGCCAUAUCGUUGCGCGAACGCAGCGGCAUCGACGGUUCGCGCCCGCGAGAGAAUUUUAUAAAGUGAACGCGACUAACUUGUUCCGAUGCCGUCACUGCGUUGUUGGAACACAGAGCUCGAUUGUAAAUUGUACUAAUUGGGCAUGGCGGUCUCCGGCAAAACAUCAGCUACAUCAAUUCUCUUCCCGAUGCUCACAUUAUACAACGUAUGUAUAAUUAACCAGUGAAGUACCUGUGUAAGAAUCAACGCGGUCACGACGCUUGUGUCAGAACUGGGUGCAUAAUGCACAUGCGACUGUGUGUGUGAAGUGUUCGUAAAUAGUCAGGGCUAGAGGAGUUCAUCGUAAUGGUUCUCGGUAUUGUACUAUCUGCUUCAUUAGAUUAUGGUACAAUAUAUGCUGUUUACCUUCAGUAGUCAAAUAGUUUGGACAUGGAUCCAAUUUUAGAAAAUGAAUCUGCCACCACCGAGUCUCCAACCAAACAUGGAAAAACAAAACACAAAAAUAAGAAGAAGAAAAAUCAAGUCGAACCACCAAAUGAAAAUCAAACCAUUGUGGGGGAAAGGAAGAAGUUUCUUGUUACGACAUUAUCCACAUCUGAUGAAAAGGUUCCUUCCAGUAGUGUAGCAGAAAGCAAUGUACAUACAGUCCAUUUUGGGACUAGAGGUGUUGAAUCCCAAAGGCCUCAUGUGAGAUCUAUUUUUAAAGAUCGUUCUGUAGAAACAGCUCGUCCUUCGAGUGCAGAUAGAGAUUCUAGUAGCAAAGAAUAUGAAACGUUCCACGGAACCUCAUCUAGUCCAAAAAGUUCUAUUUUUGAUAUAUUUCGCAUUAGAAGAAAAAGCGAUGCUAAAAAGGCAUCAAAACAACAACAAUCAAAGACGACCGAAAACCAAGAGAUCUCAAAAGAUGAUCAAAACUUAGUCGACACUAAUAAAGAUUCACAUAAAAAAUACUAUCAUACCGUGACGGGUGCUUCUUCGAGAAAAUAUAGUCCUAUAACUAGGGUAAUGGACAUUUUCAGAAGUAAACCGCAUUCUGAAAAUAAUCAAACUCCUGCAGAUGCAGCGAAAAAGAAAAAUUCCAAAGAAGUUCGACGUUCCUCAAUUGGGACUACGUCUCCUACUUAUCAUAAAAAUUCAUAUGCUUCUCUCGACCCUGUACAAGCCAAGCAAUUAUUUCGAGAAGUUAGAGGGCUUCCUAAGUAUGAUCCAUAUUUAUCGAUUGUACAAAUAUCUAUCGGAGGUAGAGACAAAACAAGACUUUUGUUAAAUUUUUUCAAAUAUCAUAAAUGUUACGAGAUGUUACCUAAAUCAGCAAAAGUUAUAAUUUUUGAUACCCAAUUUUAUGUCCGUAAGACAUUUCCUACUUUAAUAUCACACGGGAUACGUUCUGCACCAUUAUGGGAUGCAAGUAAGAAACUACUCGUUGGUAUGAUUACGGUAACAGACUUUAUUAGAAUACUACUUCAUCUACACAACGAAAAUUUACCUGUUGAAAACUUGGAAAGUCAUACUCUUCAUAGUUGGAGGAAAAUAUUACGGCACACUAGAAAGCCAUUAUGUAGUGUAUCACCUGAUCAAUCUCUACAUGAUGCAAUAAAUUUACUAACAAAGAAUCGUGUUCAUCGAUUGUUAAUGGUUGACCCAGCGAAUGGCGAUGUUUUAUAUAUUUUAUCUCAUAAGCGAAUAUUGAGGUUCCUUUUCGUGUAUCUCAAUGAAUUCCCUGAAUUAACGUUCUUUCAUAGAACUUUGAUGGAAUUAAAAAUAGGCACAUAUGAUGAUAUCGUUUCAGUGACAGAUAGCACUACUAUACAAACAGCCUUUCAAUUAUUACUAGAUAAAGAUGUUUCGGCCCUUCCAAUUUUGGAUGAAAAUGGAACAUUGAUCGAUGUGUACGCAAAAUACGAAGUAUUAAACUUAGUAAGCGAAAAGCUAUAUUCAAAUUUAUCAUUGACAAUAGGAGACGUUAGAACCAAGAAGAAAGACUGGGAAGAAAAAUUACAAAAAUGUCGUUCUAGUAUCACUUUAUAUGAGGCCUUAGAAGUAAUAGUUAGAACUGAAAGCCAUCGACUGUUAUUAGUGAACAAAGAUGAUAUGUUAAUAGGUAUUGUAUCUCUAUCAGACAUAUUAGUUUAUUUGAAUAGAAUUAUUCCUUCCGAAAAGAAAAUUUCCUCACUACAAGAAAUAUUUCGACCUCUAGAAGAAAAUAAAGUACCAGAGUCCUCAAAGGAAAAUGAAAGUGACACAAUUUCUAUAGAAGUCCCAGUUUUAGGGAACCAAGCAGUUCCAGAAGUAAAUGAAGAAAAAACUGCGGAGAAUGAUGAUACCGGUGAAGUUUCAUGUAAUGUCGAAUGUGUUGAUGCAGAAACGACUGCAGACGGAAACGUUGAAAAAAGCCUCGAAAAUGAUAUUUGUAAUGAUUGUGAUGAUGCAGAAAUGAAUAUAGAUACUCCCGUAGUCCAAUGUUCUAGUAAUAAUUAAAAUGUUCAUGUCUAAAGUAGAAAAAAUGUAUUCCAAAGAAAUUGUGAUAGGUGGAACCGCCGAAUCAAUAUAAUAAAUUAUUAAUCUCAGCUUAGGCUUGUGUUAACAUUGUGAUCUUACAUUGUACUCAAAAAAUAGUUGCGUUAAACCACGUGAUUGCCUUAAACAUUAUUUAAUUCAUAAAACAUUGCUAAAACUCAAUAAAUUAUUUUAGCACUA